UCAAACAACACAUAUAUGGUAGUCGUGCCAAAAACCAUGAUGCGGCAUUGGCAAGCUCCCUCCUGUCUCCUCGUCCUCCUCUUGGUCCUCGUCUCCUCCGACGCUUCCACUCUAGACGACACAUGCAAGUCCGUCGCCGCAAGCAAGAAGGACAUCGGCUACGACUACUGCAUCAAGUUCUUCCAGGGCGACAGCGCCAGCGCCACCGCGGACAGGCGCGGCCUCGUCGUCAUCGCCACGAAGAUGACCCGAGCAGAGGCCGCGAACAUCCGCAAGCGCAUCGAUGCCCUCAAGGCCUCGGUGACGGACAAGAAGGUCAGCGGGCGCCUCUCCGACUGCCGCAUGCACUACACGGCGGCGCUGAAAUGGCUCGAAGCCGCGGCGGAGGGCGUCAAGUCGGGUAAUUUGCAGGACGCGAAGACGAACCUCACGGGCGUGAUAUUGGGCACCGACACCUGCGAGGAAAGGUUCCGCGAGCUGGGCGUCGUGUCGCCGCUGGCCGCCGAGGACGCCGAGUUCUCCAAGGGCUGCUCCAUCGCUCUCGCCAUAACGACCAUGUUGUAGCUAAGCUAGCCGCCGAGGAUGUGUGAAUCUGGCUAAUAGCUAUGAGUCCAAUGAUCAUUUGGAUCCACCAAUAAACUCUUGGAACCUGCAAUUUCAGAUCUUGCAAGUAUGUUUGGACGGAA